GCGGCAGUGGUAUAUAUCCGUCAGGCUACAAUCCCACCUUCUCGCCAGUGGAAUUUCAUCUCAGCUUCUGCACCUUCAGGGCAGACGAGAACAUAAAAUAAGCAAAAGCUGGCAGGCUGACGGGAAAUUGCAUCUUUACAGGACGGAUUAUCUGGUAACUGACCAUUUAGCUGUGGCACACUCGGACUCUGUGUAAACGUGGGAUUUUGACCAUGAGCUCAGUCGCUGUACUUACGCAGGAAAGCUUCAAUGAGCACCGCAGUGGGCUCUUGCAAGAGCAGAGUGGUGCUGCUGGGGCAGGACCCAGUGCUGGAGAGGAGGAGGAUGCUCUUCCAACCUACAAGGACGCCUUCCCACCUCUGCCCGAGAAGGCGGCCUCACCUGAGGGGACCCAGGAAACUGCCAACGCCUGGACAUCCAAGAUCCGUCCUCUGAAGUCUUCUGUUAUCACCCAGGUUUUCCAUGUGCCGCUAGAGGAGCGCAAGUACAAGGACCUCAACCAGUUUGGGGAAGGAGACCAAGCGAAGGUCUGUGUGGACAUCAUGCACAAGACCGGAGCCCACCUGGAACUCUCCUUGGCAAAAGAUCAGGGUCUCUCCAUCAUGGUUUCUGGAAAGCUGGAUGCCGUGAUGAAGGCCCGUAAGGAGAUUGUGUCCCGACUGCAGACUCAGGCCUCAGCUACUGUCGCCAUCCCCAAGGAGCACCAUCGUUUUGUCAUCGGCAAAAAUGGGGAGAAGCUUCAGGAGCUCGAGCUCAAGACUGCCACCAAAAUCCAGAUCCCACGACCCGACGACCCCAGUAACCAGAUCAAGAUCUCUGGUACCAAGGAGGGCUUGGAGAAGGCAAAGCAUGAGAUCCUGUUGAUCUCUGCUGAGCAGGACAAGCGUGCUGUAGAGAGGGUGAACAUUGACAAGGUGUACCACCCCUUCAUCACCGGCGCCUACAAUAAGCUGGUAGGAGAGAUGAUGCAGGAGACCGGUGCCCGUGUUAAUGUCCCCCCUCCGAGCGUGAACAAGACGGAGAUUGUCAUCACCGGGGAAAAGGAGCAGGUGGCCCUUGCUGUGACCAUGAUCAAGAAGAUUUAUGAAGACAAGAAGAAGAAUGCCACCACCAUUGCCGUGGAGGUGAGGAAGUCUCAGCAUAAGUAUGUGAUUGGCCCCAAGGGAAACACUCUGCAGGAGAUCCUGGAGAAAACUGGUGUCUCAGUCGAGAUCCCACCUUCCGACAGCAGCUCAGAAACUGUCAUCCUCCGUGGGGAGCCGGACCGUCUGGGUCAGGCCCUCACUGAAGUUUAUGCCAAGGCAAACAGCUACACGGUUUCCUCAGUCACAGCUCCUUCUUGGCUUCAUCGUUUCAUCAUUGGCAAGAAGGGGCAGAACUUGGCCAAGAUUACCCAACAAAUGCCCAAGGUGCACAUUGAGUUCACCGAGGGAGAGGAUAAGAUCACCCUGGAGGGUCCCACCAAAGACGUGCAGAUGGUGCAGGGCCAGAUUGAAGUCAUUGUUACAGAUUUGAUAAGCCGUAUGGACUACACAGAGAUCAGCGUGGAUCCCAAAUUCCACAGACACCUGAUUGGAAAAGGAGGUGUUAACAUCAACCGCAUCAAAGAGCUGCACAAGGUGACUGUCCGUAUCCCCCCCGACAACGAGAAAAGCAACCUGAUCCGUAUUGAGGGGGAUCCCCAGGGUGUACAGGAAGCCAAGAAGGAGCUGCUCGAGCUGGCGUCGCGCAUGGAGAAUGAGCGUACAAAGGACCUGAUCAUUGAACAGCGUUUUCAUAGAGCCAUCAUUGGCCAAAAAGGGGAGAAGAUAAAAGAAGUGCGCGACAAAUUCCCUGAGGUCAUCAUCAAUUUCCCCGACCCAGCACAAAAAAGCGACAUCGUUCAACUUAGAGGCCCGCGAAACGAGGUGGAAAAGUGUGCAAAGUUCAUGCAGAAGAUAGUGGCUGAAAUGGUGGAGAACAGCUUUUCCCUCUCAGUCCCCAUCUUCAAGCAGUUCCACAGAAACAUAAUUGGAAAAGGAGGAUCAAAUAUCAAGAAGAUUCGGGAGGAAACGACAACAAGAAUUGACCUGCCUGCUGAGAACAGCAACUCCGAGAUGAUUGUCAUCACAGGCAAGAAGGCAAACUGUGAGGUUGCACGAAAUCGCAUCCUGGCCAUUCAGAAGGAGCUGGCAAACAUCACAGAGAUCGAGGUGUCCAUUCCCUCCAAGCUGCACAACUCCUUGAUUGGGUCGAAGGGCCGUUUUGUGCGCUCCAUCAUGGAGGAGUGUGGAGGCGUGCACAUCCACUUUCCCACUGAGGGCUCAGGGAUUGAUAAGGUCACCAUCCGAGGCCCUGCGGAGGAGGUGGAGAAAGCCAAGCAGCAACUGCUUGCCUUGGCAGAGGAGAAGCAAACGAAGAGUCACACCGCCGAGCUGCGUGCAAAGCCAGAAUAUCACAAGUUCCUCAUUGGCAAAGGUGGCGGAAACAUCCGUAAGGUUCGCGACAGCACCGGGGCCAGGAUCAUUUUCCCCACCGCCGACGACAAAGACCAGGAGCUCAUCACUGUGGUUGGCACUGAAGAAGCCGUGCGGGAUGCCCAGAAGGAGCUGGAGGAACUCAUCAAGAGUUUGGACAACGUCGUCGAGGACACUAUGAACGUCGAUCCAAAGCACCAUCGCUACUUUGUGGCUCGCCGUGGCCAAGUCCUUAGGGACCUUGCCGAUGAGUAUGGUGGCGUGAUGGUGAGCUUCCCUCGCACGGCUACACAGAGCGAUAAGGUCACCCUCAAAGGAGCCAAAGAAUGCGUGGAAGCAGCCAAAAAGCGCAUGCUGGAGAUUGUUGAGGACUUGGAGGCUCAAGUUACCAUUGAGUGUGUGAUCACUCAGAAGUUCCACCGUUCUAUCAUGGGUCCCAAGGGCUCACGCAUCCAGCAGAUCACUAGAGAUCACAAUGUACAGAUUAAGUUCCCAGAGCGCGAGGACCAACAAGCAGCACCUCCUGCAGAGGCCCCUAUUCAGGAGAACGGCGAGGCCAAUGGAGAGGUGAAGGAGCCCGUCGAUCCCAACGCACCCAAAAGGUGCGACGUGAUCGUAAUUUCCGGUCGCAAAGAGCGGUGCGAGGCUGCUGUGGAAGCACUGAAGGCCUUGGUUCCUGUCACUAUUGAGGUGGAAGUGCCUUUUGAGCUUCAUCGUUACAUCAUUGGACAGAAAGGAAGCGGAAUUCGCAAGAUGAUGGAUGAAUUUGAGGUUAAUAUUCAAGUGCCUGCUCCUGAGCAGCAGUCUGAUAAAAUCUCCAUCACCGGCUUGGCCAAUCACCUCGACCGCGCCAAAGAGGGCCUCUUGGAGCGCGUCAAAGAGCUGCAGGCCGACCAGGAGGAUCGGGCACUCAGGAGCUUCAAGCUGACCAUCACUGUGGACCCCAAGUAUCACCCCAAAAUCAUCGGCCGCAAGGGUGCCAUUAUAACGACCAUCCGCACUGAGCAUGACGUUAACAUCCAAUUCCCAGAGAAGAACGAUGAAAACCAGGAUCAAAUUACUAUUACAGGGUAUGAGCAAAAAGCCAUAGCAGCACGCGAUGCCAUCCAGGCUAUAGUGGACGAGCUAGAGGAGAUGAUCUCGGAGGACAUCACCCUGGACAGCAGGGUCCAUGCCCGCAUUAUUGGAGCCCGUGGCAAGGGCAUCCGCAAGAUCAUGGAUGAGUUUAAGGUUGAUCUCAGGUUUCCCCAGAAUGGCGCUUCAGACCCAAACCUCGUGACAGUCACAGGUCGCCCUGAGCUUGUGGAUGAAGCCAUCGACCACCUUCUUAACCUGGAAGAGGAAUAUUUGGCAGAUGUUGUGGAGAAUGAGGCAAAAAUGGCUUACAUGAGGCCUCCUGGGGGAAGCGCUGCUGCCAUGGAUGAACAACGUGGGCCAUCCAAGGGCUUUGUGGUGAGGGAGGCUCCCUGGACCACUGGCAAUGAGAAGGCCCCUGAUAUGAGCAGCUCUGAAGAUUUCCCCAGCUUUGGAGCCCCAGUGGCAACCAAAACCUCCCCCUGGGGACCCAAGCGCUUCUAAGCCAUGCUGCUACAGAUGGGCCUGAACUAAACCGGACACAAUCUUCCCCUUCAUCGUCCCCCACCCUCUUGACCUGGACUGACCGCUGACCCUAGAAGUCUUCAGUUCUGAGAAUGUCAUCCUUCUCUGUGUAUUUAUCCUGGUCUGCCCUCACAGAUUCAUCAGUCUAAAAGUGCUUUCAGAUACUGUAAUUGACUUGUGAGCUUUGUAUCUGCAUUAAAUAAUGCUGUCUUGCGCUAAAAAGAAAAAAAAAUACGACAGAUGUUGCGGUUAAGUCUACACAGUCUGCACAAGACUGGCAUUUAAGUGUUAAUUAGACUUGACAUUUCAUUGUGGUUUGAACUUAUACCAAAUUCAAUGGUGGCCAGACAGAAUUUUUUUUUUUUAAAUUUUUUUUUCUGAGCUGCCCUUAGUUGCCUUCGCAGGGUGGGAUAAAGGGAUUGAAUAACUGCUGGUGACAUGUUCAGACAGGGGCCAGCUGUUUCAGUUACUCACCCCCCGCCUGCUUUACUCGUGUAGCUGAGUGAAAAUUGUCCGUUGUGAGCCCUCAAGCACACUGUAGUUGUUGUCCUCUGUCACAUCUUUACAUUUGCUUGUUAACUGUGCUUCUGUGAAUAUGGUCAAGUAGUGGCACGUACCUUGUAGCCUUAUGAAUUGGUAAACUUUACUAAGGGGAGGGGGGAGGGGUGGUGGUGUCAGCCACCGCAGUGGCACUCAUUCAAACUGCCAGAUGCUCGGAGAUCAUGCCAGAACUAAACUUCUUACAACACUAGGCCUAGAGCUCCAACGUAUCAAACCUCACACUAACCGUUGAAUGAACGUUUUUUGACAUUCAAAAGUAAAUCACUAUUCAAAAUAUGACUGUUUGUGAGCAAAACAGCAGACCAUCUCGUGCCAACUAUCUGUCUAGUGAUGUCCUGUUACUCAUCCUCUGUAUUGGGUCAGUGUCCAGUCCCUUUGUCUUCCAGUUGCUAUGCAGAUUGUUCUGUUAAAUAGCAAUUGCCCUUUUUUAUCAGCCUUACAACUAGAAAGAUACAAACCAGGUAGAGAUGAUGUCUAGGUGCAUUUUUAAUGGACCACUGGAAGGUAUGUUUAUUGUUCCGUUUGAAAGCUCUUGGAACAUUUCCACCCCAGUUAUUGUAAUUAGUUUAAAUUUGCCGGAGGAGUGCAGAUUUAGCUUGCUAGCUGCUAAUUCAACAUCUUGCAUCAGCCUACCUUGGUUUGUAUCCUCCUAGCAUUGAAUGAAAGAUUAUGCAAAUACCAUUGAAGUGAACGGUUACGGAUGACACUGGAAAAGAAAUUGUCCAAAAAGUCAAUAAAAAUCGAAAAUCUCUGCA